AUGCAACAGCUGUCAGCCGACCUAAAGAGUCAGCCACAGCAGCAGUUCUUUGACCUGUCCGGACAAUAUGUGGAGCUUGUAAAGCAGGAAAUGGUAAUGGGCGUUCCUGCACCUGGACGAGAAGCUGCAAGAUAUCCUGUCGAACGAGGACCAGCUGUCGGGCAGCACGGUGAUAUGGGCACUGAUCCGAUCAUCACACAUCCUCAUCGGCAACAUCGGCACAGCAAGACGUUACUGCCGAGGUCGAAUACCGUAUUCUUCAACCGAGUACCACAAGCAGUGCCUGCUAAUGGAGCGCCAAUGGAUAUCUGCAAGUCGGUGGCUCGGUGUGACCUGCACAUCACACCGUCGAUCAGCCGCUGUGGAUAA